GGUUACAUCAUGGAUGUUUUCGGGUAGCACGCGAAUUGGUCAUCUAUUUCUCUCUCUCUCUCUCUCUCUCUAUAUAUAUAUAUAUAUAUAUAUUUAUAUGUAUAGGUUUAAUAUUUCUGUCUCUAAAUUGCGUGAGAGAGAGAGAGAGAGAGAGAGAGAGAGAGAGAGAGAGAGAGAGAUCAUAGUCUAGUAGUAGUAGUACGAUACUACAACGCAACAAAGAAGCAGACCCGCUACAAGGAAACCCCUCUGCCUUCUCUACUACCAAAAGAGAAGAAGAGUUGCCCUAGACGGCUGGAGCGGCCAAACCUCGCAGUUCUGCGAUUGCCGACUCUUCUUUUUCGGACUUCAUAUCAUAUUUGAUGGCUUCAAAACGGAUUCAGAAGGGGUUAAAGGAUGUGCGAAAGGACCCUCCCACUUCUUGCAGUGCUGGUUCGUUCAAUUGCUCUCUUAGUUCCUCUUAAUGAAUUGCCACUUUCUCCUAUUUUAAAAUGACAUUGUUUGCCACCGUCUCUGGCUCUCUGCCCAUCACAGUUGCGUUGGAAGUUCUAUUAUAUGUUUCUCUCCUUUGUGAAGGCAUGCAAUGUCUAUAAUUUGGAAUGAAAAGUUGAAACUGAUAUAUACUAUUUCAUGCCCAUGCUUGGAAGGUGUUCACACUACCUUGUUCCUUUGUGAUGUUAGACUUGGGACAAUGAAUAUGAUAUCCACUCCUAUAGCUUGGUAAUGGCUUCUUUGUACUUGCUAUUGAUUACCACUAUUAUUGCGAGAGUGAUGGGAGCCGUGGGGAUGGUGGGAAAUCUUGGUAGCUAUGUAUUUUCACGUGGUAACUUUAUUGGCUGCCCACGAGGGUGUUGUUUUCUGGUUAUCCUUGUUGGCAACCUCGGCCUCAUGGUUGUGAUAACGUUGUCGUGAUGUGGCCAAAAGUGAUAAUGUGGCAACAUACGCUCCCUCCGAUGAGAUGACAGUGGUGUAUGGAGUGUUUGAAGUGAGCUGGGUCAUCCAUGGUAGGUGGUCCAAAAUCUUGGUCAAAAGUGACAAAUUUGGCCUAUUUACACUCGAGGGAAUUUUCGGCAUUGACAAUGAUUUUUUUGGAAGGAGGAUCCUUCAUUUAACAAUACAUCUUUCUAAUGCACCUUGUUUCGUCCCGUUUAGAUAUCGGAUGAAGAAUUUACGAUAUCCGCAAUGUUCAGGGGCAAUUUGGUAUUUUUGCAUGGCUUAGUAUGAUAAUUGGGUCUUCUGAAAAAUUGUAGAACUUCAAUUCGUGGUUAAUACCCUUUUUGUUUUGACUCAAUCCGAAGUUGUAUGAAGAAGUUAAUGCUCAUUUCCGCGAUAUUGAUCCGGAAAUUCCAAAUUGGAUUUGGUUGUUUGCUCUCGGUGUAGGAGGGGGAGUUUUAGCAAUUUCUGUUUGAAGUGAGGAGUUUCUGUGAAAUAUUUGAAAGUUCUGCCUGUUGGAAAUAUUUGCAUCUUUUGACUCUUAAUUGACUAAAAUUAAUGCUCCAUUUUUUUAAUGUAAAUUAUCGAAAUAGUUCCUCUAAACUUAGGUAUCUAUUGCAUGUGGGAAACCCUAUUACUAUUUAUGGAUAAUAUGUGGGUAGUUCUAAUCAUCAACUAAUUAGGCAGUUUUGGAUUAGCGAUAGGAUGUGCCCAAUUGUCACUUACAUCUUACAUUUUUUUUUCGGCAUUGAAGUAAAUGGAAUGUCUUAAUUAGCAAAAGAUUAGGGUUCUGUUGAAAAAAGUCAGGUAGGUGAUCGAAUUAUUGAAGACAACUGAAAUUUCUCAAAGUAUGCAAGGUAGGUGAUAGAAAACAAUUUGGGUUCUACUCAUUAUCUCAUUCUUCCAAUAGAUUUGCAUGGUCUGGGCAGGAAUGAUGUACAGACCUCUGUUUUAAAUGCCAAAAGUUCUGAACUGAAUGGAUUUAUACCAGAGUAAACUGGUUUUGAAAAUAAAGUUCUUAGAAUCAGAAAACUCAGGAUACUUGCUAGAAAGUUCGGAUUAUCUUGAAUCAACAUGUUCAACAAAUUAUAAUUUAGUACACUAGGCAAGCAUAACUUUGCAGAGAAAUGUUGGCCCUAAUCCAAGGAAUGCUUUGAAAAAAGAAAUACGAUCAAUGGAUUGAAUGACUGGUAAUAGUCCUGGUUGUGAUACUUCUUCUAAGACGGAUUUUAGUGAUGCAAAAUUGUCCGAGGAGUAAGGAAGGAAUUGAACCUCAUAGGAUUUCUAACACCCAAGUUUGGACAGGCUUCUCUUUGGUUUGUUUUAGAAUAAUUUAUCUGCAGAAUGUCAGGGUUGAGUAUGGUUCUUAGAGUCUUGGUCUUGGGACCUGCUUCUUUUUGAACAUUUCUGUUAUUUUGGACUAAAUAUUCUUCUAUGUUAUUUGUUCCUUUCUGAUUCAAUCUCAGUACUUGGAAUUUUCUCAAGUGUGUUUGUGGCUUGGACAUUUUUGUCGUAGACAGGCAUGCCCAGUCCAGAUCCCAACUCAUCCACUUUCUUCGAAUGGCUUCUUCUAAAAAAUUUGAUGAAUCCUGACAACUAGGGACUCAGACCAUGCCAAUUACAGUAGAAUUAGUGAGUCCAAGACAAUGAUUGUGUACCAACUGCCAGGUGUGACUCAGGCACCCUUACUUUAACUGGUCCAUAUGUGCAUGCAGUAUUGGUGCAUGAAGCACCUCACUACAUUGCCAAUGCAACAGUGAUUAAUGCAAAGGUAAAAGGCGAGGAGGCUUUCAGGAGCUCAAGGGAUUUCUGUCUUAGGAGGAUGCUCUGAUUUUUCAAGAGCUAAGAGUCUAGAAACCAAGUCAUGGGUCCUCUCUCAUUGACAUAAGAGGAUGCUUUGGUUUUUCUUUCUCAAUGAGCACAUUCUCUUGCUGUUUCUCUUUUCGCUGAAGUUUAAUUUCUAGUGUUCGCUGCCUCUCUCUCUCUCUCUCUCUCUCUCUCUCUCUCUCUCUCUCACACACACACACACACACAUGUUCACAGAUUCUAAAGUCUUCAUGAUACUGUUUCUUGCUGAACUAGAUGAAUUUCUGUCGCGUGUUCAUAGGUAAAUGACAAAUGUAUCAGCCAAAUGCUGUACCUAGUACAAAUUUAGUUUGCAACAGGUCGUUAGUUCAAGGCCGGCACCAAGACAGCAGUACCACUGCAAUGGCUCCUAGAAGUGGAGGCAACAAUCUCAGCAGCAAUAACUCUAAUCUUGCCUCCAGGCAAAGGUUACGUUGGACGCAUGAGCUGCAUGGACGUUUUGUGGAUGCUGUGUUGCAACUUGGUGGCCCAGAUAAAACCCUUGAUGACAUGUUUGUGAACUUGACCAAGUACAGUGAAAACUUGAUUCAGUACAAGAAAGUGCGAAAUUUCAAUUGAGCAGUCCUCUGAGUUUCAAUUCUCGAAAGCCUGUGUUAGGUUGGCAUGACAUCAGUGUUUCUUCUCCACUGUUACAUGGGCCACUCCUAAAGGUGUGCUUAAAGUCAUGGAUGUACCAGGUUUGACUAUUUACCAUGUUAAAAGCCACUUGCAGAAAUAUCGGCUUGCAAACUAUGUCCCAAAGUCGUCAUCUGAUGGUAAGAGGGUAGACAAGAAAGAAUCAGGCGACUUGUUUACUGGCUUGGACAGUUCUUUUGGUAUGCAAAUAACAGAAGCACUCAAGCUGCAGGUGGAAGUGCAAAAGCGGUUGCAUGGGCAAUUAGAGGUCCAGAGGCAGCUACAGUUACGAAUAGAAGCACAAGGCAAGUACCUGAAGAAGAUAAUGGAAGAGCAAGAGCGGCUGGGUGGUUUUCUUGGGGAAGUGCCUGGUUCUCCACUUGCUGCCCCACCCUCUGGCCACAGCUGUCCAGAUUGCGACAAGAAGAUGGACCCAUCAACCCCUGCUUCAACCUCCGAGCCUCCCCUCCAAGACAAGGCUUCCAAGGAACGUGCACCAGCAAAGAGUCUCUCUUAUGAUGAGUUUUUCUCAUCCCACCAUGAACCAAUGACACCAGAUUCUGGCUGCCAUGUCAGUUCACUAGUUAUGAGUCCAGAAGGCAAGAUGUCAGCUCAACAUCACCACUUUAGCAUGGGUUCUGCAGGUGCAAAACCAGAGAUUAUCCUCACACACCAGAUACUAGAAUCGAGCUUGAGUUCUGGUGUCCGUCAGCCAUGUUCGGUUUCAUCUGUUGGAGAUCAUUUAGAUCACUCAUCUGGGUAACUCUUUGGUGACGAAGAUCAGCCAUGAAUUGCGCAGGGAAAAUUAUGUAUGAUCAGCGUUCCAUUGUUUUAUACAUCGCAGGGCUUCUGUUCACCUCCCUGCAGUCGAAAAAAAAAAAAAAAGGAAAAAAAAAUCUGUUUAUAUAUGUAGAUGUAAUUUUUAGAAGUAGAUCAUUCAUUAGGGGUAAAAAAAAAUUUGGUAUCUUUUCCGUGUGUUGCAAGUUGCAACAUUCAUUCCCUCUCUCUCUGAAUUGCUUCCUAUUACUAUAAAUCGAUCUAUUUCCCUGCCCCUUCGCCCUCUC